AUGGCAUCAUUGAAUGACUUUGCGGGACGCUGGAAACUGGUCAGCUCAGAAAACUUUGAUGAGUACAUGAAGGAAAUUGGAGUUGGACUCAUCACUAGAAAAGCUGCUGCUCAUCUGAAACCAAGCCUUGAGAUUUAUUUGGAGGGUGACACGUGGCAUAUCAAUCAGUAUUCUACUUUCAAGAAUACCAAAUUAGCAUUCAAAUUGGGAGAAGAGUUCGUUGAAAACAGUCCAGAUGAUCGUACCUACAACUCCGUGCUCACUUUCGAAGAUGGAAAAUUGGUUCAUCGUCAGAACAAGAUCAAGGAAACCCACAAAAGUUCGGUUCUUUUGAGCUGGCUUGAGAAUGGAAAACUCAUUCAAACAUAUCAAUCCGGAGAUGUCAUUUGCCGUCGUGAAUUCGAGAGAGAAUAA